AUGUCCGAGUUUCCGGUCAUGAAUGGCACCGUGACCCUCUUGAAGCCGCCGGAUGGCUACGUGGUCGACUUCGACCACCCGCAACAGCAGCUCGUGCUGGAACACUACUUGGUGUUCGGAAUCGGCGGUCCGAUCGCACUCAUCGCGUUGCUACAGAGACUAUACACAAAGAUUUGGCUGUCGAACGGCUUCCAGGUGGACGAUGGUGAGUGUGUGCGGGGUCAUGUGCGCAUGUGA